AUGGCCCCCGCAGCGGCGUCGGGGGGCAGUACCCUGCCCAGCGGCUUCUCCGUGCUCGCCACCUUCCCCGACCUGCUCUUCAUCCUCGAGUUUGUCUUCGGAGGCCUGGUAUGGAUCCUAGUCGCCUCCUCCCUGGUGCCCCUCCCGAUGGUCCAGGGCUGGGUGAUGUUCGUGUCUGUGUUCUGCUUCGUGGCCACCACAACCCUAUUUGUCCUGUAUAUGAUUGGCGCCCACGGUGGGGAUACUUCCUGGGUCACUCUGGAUGCGGCCUACCACUCUGUUGCUGCCCUGUUUUACCUCAGCGCCUCUGUCCUGGAAGCCUGGGCCACCAUCAUCAUGCAUGACGGCUUCACCUAUAAGCAGUACCAUGAAAACAUCUCUGCUGUGGUGUUCUCCUAUGUAGCCACUCUGCUGUACGUGGUCCACGCAGUGUUUUCCUUAAUCAGAUGGAAGUCGGCGUAG